AUGACCACCCCAUUUUUACGAACGAGAAUGUUGGGGAUAGCGCGCCAAGCGCGCUCCUUCAGCUGUACCACGCGCCAAUGUGCCGCAGAAGUGAAAAGCCUGGGUGUUAUUGGCGCCGGUCAGAUGGGUCUGGGUAUUGCUUUGGUUGCUGCUCAGAAAGCUCAGGUCCCCGUCAGGUUGAUUGACACGUCCGACGCGGCAUUGAGCAAGGGACUCGCAUUUGCAGACAAACUCUUGGCAAAGGAUGUGUCCAAGUCCCGGCUCACUCAGGAACAGGCUGACCAGGCCCGCGCCUUGCUGAAGCCAAGCAUCAAGAUGGAAGAUCUCUCUGAUGUCGACUUUGUUAUUGAAGCGGUUCCUGAAAUUCCCAAGCUCAAGUUCGAUAUCUUUGGCAGCCUCGCAAAGAUAUGCCCAAAGCACGCGAUCCUUGCGACAAAUACGUCUUCCAUCUCCAUCACCAAAAUCGCAGCCGCUGCUACCGCUGACCCCACAGACACAUCGGCUUCAUCCCGUGUCGUCUCGACACACUUUAUGAACCCUGUGCCCGUGCAGAAGGGUGUCGAGAUUAUCAGUGGCCUGCAGACGAGUAAGGAAACACUCGAGACUGCCGUGGAGUUUUGCAAGAAACUCGGCAAGGUUACCUCGAUAUCUGCCGACACACCCGGUUUUCUGGCCAACCGCAUUCUUAUGCCUUAUAUUAAUGAGGCUGUCAUUUGUCUCGAGACGGGUGUCGGAGACCGCGAGUCGAUUGACGCCAUUAUGAAGAACGGAACCAACGUUCCCAUGGGGCCUCUCCAACUUGCCGACUUUAUCGGACUUGAUACCUGCCUGGCCAUCAUGAGGGUGUUGUAUAACGAGACGGGCGAUUCAAAAUAUCGUCCUAGUGUUCUUUUGGGCAAGAUGGUAGAUGCAGGCUGGCUGGGCAAGAAGAGCGGCAAGGGCUUUUAUGACUACUGA